UUGGUAGCCCUCGCACCUGUCAAGACCUUUUUGGUGUUUUUGGAGUUCCCCCGUUAUGUUUUCAGCGUCAUAUCCCCAGUCGCUGGAAGAAUGUCGAGACCGAAUGAUUUAAAAAUAGGAUCUCUCCUCUUGACAGCCUGCUCUAAUGACUCCCGUAGCAUUGUAGUGCGAGAAGUAGGAAUGGGAGGAUGGCUGCAGAUCUAGGAGAGCUGCUGGUCCCUUAUAUGCCCACCAUCAGAGUUCCCAGAACAGGAGACAGGGUUUUCAAGAGUGAAUGUGCCUUUUCCUACGAUUCGCCCGAGUCUGAGGGAGGUUUGUAUGUGUGUAUGAACACAUUCCUGGGCUUUGGCAGAGAACAUGUGGAGAGACAUUACCGUAAAACCGGACAGAGCGUUUACAUGCAUCUCAAACGCCAUGUCAAAGAGAAAGCUACAGGUGCCGCAGGGGGUGCCAUCUCCAGAAGAAGAAACGGAAAAGUAUUCCUAGAUUUAGAACUAAACCGCGAUUUUAACGGAGAUGAGUACGAUUGUGAAGACGAGGCCAAGCUCGUCAUAUUUCCAGACCACUUUGAGAUCCCCUUGCCAAAUAUUGAGGAGUUGCCUGCACUGGUGACAAUAGCCUGCGAUGCCGUGCUCAACGCUGCGUCAGCCUACAAAAAACAGGAGCCCGACUCCUGGGACGAGGAGAUCCAGGUUUCCAAACAUGCCAGGAGUCUUCGACAGCAGGACAACGGCGUGAGGAUCCCACCCAGUGGAUGGAAAUGUCAGAAGUGUGAGAUGAAAGAGAACCUGUGGCUGAACCUGUCGGACGGAGCGGUGCUUUGUGGGAAGUGGUUCUUUGAUGGUUCCGGAGGAAACGGCCACGCCUUGGACCACUUCAAGGACACUAACUUCCCCCUGGCAGUCAAGCUGGACAACCUCACUCCAGACAUAGCAGAUAUUUAUUCGUUCGACGAAGAAGAAGCAGUCCUGGACCCGCAAAUAUCCGAACACUUGCAACACUUUGGAAUAGACAUUAUACCGAUUCAGCGGAAUGGAACAGAUAACGGCCACCACAACACAGACAACACAAACGGCAUGCGGCCGCGAGUCAGCGAGUGGGAGGUGAUCCAGGAGUCGGGCAUGAAGCUGAAGGCAGUGUACGGCUCGGGUUUCACGGGCAUCAAGAACCUGGGCAACAGCUGCUACCUGGGCACCAUCAUGCAGGUCCUCUUCAGCAUCCCUGAGUUCCAGAGGGCGUAUGUUGGAAAUCUACAGAGGAUAUAUGACUACUCACCUCUUGACCCCAGCACGGACUUCAGCACACAAAUGGCUAAACUGGGCCACGGACUCCUCUCAGGCCUGUACUCCAAACCACCAAUGAAAUCUGAGCUCAUUGAACAGGUGAUGAAAGAAGAAUACAAGGUAUUAGACUGGCACCAGCCAAAGGGUAUCUCUCUCAAGAUGUUCAAAGCCCUGGUUAGCAAUGGCCACCCGGAGUUCUCCUCCAACAGACAGCAAGACGCACAGAAGUUUUUCCUGCAUCUCAUCAACCUGGUGGAGAGAAACAGUGUGGGCUUGGAGAACCCCAACAAUGCCUUCCGCUACCUGGUGGAGGAGCGCGUGCAGUGUUGCCAGACGCAGAAGGUGCGCUACACCCAGAAGGUGGACUACCUCAUGCAGCUCCCGGCCCCCAUCGAGGCCGCCUCCAACAGAGAGGAGCUGAUAGCGUAUGAGGCCAAGCGAAACGAAGCAGAGGAGAACAUGAGGGCCCCUCCAGAGCCCGUGAGGGCCCGGAUCCCCUUCACAGCGUGCCUGCAGGCCUUCACGGAGCCAGAGAACGUCCCCGACUUCUGGAGCUCGGAGCUGCAGGCCAAAUCAGCUGGAGUCAAGACUUCCCGUUUCGCCUCCUUCCCAGAGUAUCUGGUGGUGCAAAUAAAGAAAUUCACAUUUGUGGUGGACUGGGUUCCAAAGAAAGUAGAUUUGUCCAUAGACAUCCCAGACUUCCUGGACCUGUCUCGGCUCCGGGGAACAGGACUGCAGGCUGGAGAACAAGAGCUCCCAGACCUCACACCCCCCAUCGUCCUCCCUGAAGACACCAGAGACAACUCAAUGAACUCCUCAGAUUCCCCAGAAAUAGACGAGUCGGCCGCAAUGCAGCUGGCGGAGAUGGGCUUCCCUCUGGAGGCCUGCCGGAAGGCCAUCUACUACACUGGGAACAUGGGCCCCGAGAUGGCCUUCAACUGGAUCAUAGCACACAUGGAGGAACCUGACUUUGCUGAGCCCCUGGCACUGCCAACCUUCAUGGAGCCCGGCCCUUCCGUGGCCGGCUCGGGCCUGGCUGCCACCCCCCUGGAAAACCAUCCUCCAGAGGAGAGCAUCGCCAUCCUCACCUCCAUGGGCUUCCCCCGCCGCCACAGCGUCCAGGCCCUAAAAGCCACGAACAACAACCUGGAGCGGGCGCUGGACUGGAUCUUCACCCACACGGAAAGGGAGGAGGAGGAGGAGACUAGCGAUGCCCUGUCUGACAUGGCCGAUACCACGGAGCCCAACGACAGUGCCUUCUCCAAUGCCAACAUGCACAGCGACUCCACACUGUCCCCAGACCAGGACGCCUCAGGCCCCCAGAUCAAAGACGGACCCGGGCGUUACGAGCUUUUUGCUUUCAUCAGCCACAUCGGAGCGUCCACGAUGUCUGGUCAUUAUGUAUGCCACAUCAAAAAGGAAGGAAGAUGGGUGAUCUUCAAUGACCACAAAGUGUGUUUGUCAGAAAGGCCUCCAAAAGACUUGGGCUACAUCUACUUUUACCGUCGACUGUCUAGCAGCUAGACCAAGCGCCCCCCACUCUCCAACCUUAGAGAACCACAUCCUCACAACCAGAAGACCGGAAGAUGACCACAGUGGAAAUUAUGGAAACACUCGCACCCCAGACCAGCCCCCCAAAAAUAGGAACCGCUCGACUCAGCCAUGUCACUCAAGAGAAACCGGAAAGUGCGGGAAAGCAAUGAGCUUUUUGUAUGUCUCUGUGAUUCCCGUGUGCUUGUGUGUAUUGAAACGUGUCAUUUGUCUGCGGCAAGUGUCAAACUCAUUCCACGGAGGGCCAAGUGUCUGCGGAUUUUUGCUCCUCCCUUGUACUUGAUUAAUUAGUAAAGACAUCCCCUCACCUGGUUGUCUAGGUCUUAAUUGAAAGACAAAACAAAAAUCUACAGACACUAGGCCCUCCAUGGAAUGAGUUUGACACCCCUGGUCUACGGCGUAGGUACAGAGGGAUGUGUGCAAUUUCAGUUAUCGGAGUGCUCCACAGUUCUAGUAUCGGCAUAUAUCUUACUAUACAUUUUCUAUGCCUUAAGCUACUGUGCCAGUAUUUUUAUUGAAGUGGUACGUUUUAUAAACGUCGGGCAUGGUCCAAAAGUGGUCACGAAUCACUGCUAGCCCUGAAAGCAGAACUCGGUAAAAAGAAAACGCAAUGCUGCUGGGAGCUUUGCAUGUGCCAUGCAGAACAGAAUAUUGGAGAAUGUUUUGCAUCUAUAGGGAAUUAAAAGGAUAUCAGGAACCCUUAACAUGUGAUGCAGGAUAGAAAAUGAUGGCAUUGAAUGCAGAGAAAUAGCCAGCAUAGGCAAGUGUCAGAAUAUAGAUAUUUUUUUUGAAAAACCACUCUUAACUAUUAUGGAUACUGAAUAAGUAAUACCCUUAUUGGAGGGUCCGAUGUCCUGUAAUGGGGUUAGUCAUAUCUGUCUGGUUUUAAUUUGCAGGUUUUUCUGGGCAAACAAUUUUCUGUACAGUGACAAUUGGAGUCAAGUUUCAGUUGCCAGGAGAAUGCCAUUUUUUUUAUUGAAUAUCUGAAAGCACUUUGACAAUUUUUUAUAUCCCUGCCUUUUCACAUAAAAAUAGAACCAUGAGCAUAAAUUGAUUCAGAUACCCUAAACCGAUAGUUUCUUCAAUAUGGUAAAAGCCUGUGACAAUGUGGUUGUAACCCAAAAAAUGACUAAUGUUAUAUCACCUUUCUAUUUUCAAAGUGUUCCUCAGACCAUGUUGAUUACACAUAGUGUAUGCAUGCAUACAGUAUUGGUUGGCAUUUGUUUGCGCGCCUAAUAUGAUUACAUUUUGUGGAAGGACAGACAAUGCAUGAGGUAAAUGUUUGCCAAUUAUUGUAGUCCUCAAACACUGAGUAAUACCGCAUUUUAAUAUUCGAUAUGCCGCCAUCUUUUUAAUGUAGAAUGUAUGCAUUUGAACACAGCCAUCUGUGUUUUCCUCAUUAUUAUAGCAAUAUGCACUGGGACAGAAUCUCUUCUCUUGAGCAUACCCACGUACUGUAGGUUACGACCUACAACUUGUUUCAGAAUGUGUUCUCGUACUUUAGGACGUGGUUCUGUGCUGAAUGUAUUCCUUAUUGUGCUCACUGCAACCAACCCCCCCCCCCCCCCCCUCGACUUUAAUGCUAAAUUCUAACACUAUACAGCCACUCUAUCAAAGACAGUUCAUCAACCGGUUGUAGUAGAAAAUCCAGCUGCAGUGUUGCCUAGAGUUCAUUGUAUGGUUGUUACAUAUCGAGUAGUGGAUUGCAAUGUCGCAUAUCAAAAACCCUUUACUUUUUUAUUGUCUUUUGAAUACUUACCUGGGUAGUAUUCCAUCAAAGCAGGUUUCCUGGAAGAGUCAAGAACAUGAUUGUGCUUGCAUUUCAAUAAUGCACCUUUUGGUUUCAUGUACUCUGCAAUGCAAAUGUUUUUAGAGACUAAAACUGCAUAUAAACUCAAACAUACUUUCUUGCUGCGCAGGAUGAAUCAUGUUUUUAGACCCACAAUGGGAAACCAGAUAAUGGUUUUGAUUUACUAGAGCCCUUAGUUGUUUUGGGGAAGAUUACAAUUCCCCCUCUCAAAUCGAUCCCUGAAGAUCUCCCAUCCUUGUCAGACACUACUUGAUAAAUUGCUUCUGUUACCUAUGCAAUUCUUCAUGGUCUCUUUGCAAGUAUUGUUUUUGCCAUCUCCCUUCCACACUUGUUUAUUAUUCAAUAAGAAUAGAAUGAAUCCCUCUGUCCCAUUCUAAGAUUGUCAUUACUGGUCCUUGACGGGUCAGUGUAGUAGUUACAUUUAUUAUACAACGGUCUGAUUGCUGAGGAGAGGUGGGUGUUCUAUGCAUUCUUGUUCUAUACCGUUUUGUCCUCUACCGGGGUUCCUCCCAUCUGGUCAACUCUGGCUGUUUUAGACUGGCAGGGUGCCCGCUCACCUUCUUGCUCUCCAUUUACUGUGGAAUUGAUCGCUAUGGAGGACGUCUGUGUUGUCUUCUCUCAGCUCUCUCUUCAUCUGUCACUUCCUCUCCACCACCAUUUCUUGAGGUUGUGAAAGGUAGUGGUUUACCUUUUGUCACAAAACGCCUUCCUACUGUGAGCAUGUGCACUAAAAGUUGACAUUUGGUCUGUACAAUACAUGUAUUUUUCUUUUAUUUCAUUUAACUAAAUGUUCAAUGAUACUUCACCUGUUUUUACUUGAUUUUUCUUUGCCUUUUUGCAAACAAGUUUGUUCCCAUUCUGUAGUUUAUUACAUACAGUUUCCCUGAAGGGAUUAUUUAAAGUUGACUUUUGUAAUGUAUGUUUGCAUAGUUCAAUAAACUACACAUUUUGUUGACAUUUGA